CCACUUUCUUCUUCUUCUUUCAUCAUUUAUUCUUUCCCUCUUUUAUUGCCACCGGACCGGACCGUUACUAUCAAUGGACAUCAAUGAAUCCAUCCUCCACCGUCAGCCAGAGUGAGUGUAAGCCAAGAGAAGAGGAGGAGUUGACACUGCCUGACUGAGCAAUCUAGCAAAGAGAAGAGGAGGAAUGAAGAUGGAGCGAGUUGACAAGGAAUUGGCGGAGCUGCGACACACUUUCAGGAGUGGGAAGACGAGGAGCCUCGCCUGGAGAGAAACUCAGCUCAAGGCUCUGCUUGAUCUUGUGCAUGACCAUCAGGAAACCCUUUUUGAUGCUCUUCAUCACGACCUGGGGAAACACCCUGUUGAAUCCUUCAGGGACGAGAUUGGAGUCGUCAAGAAAUCCGCUACUCACUCCCUCGCCCAUCUCAAGAACUGGAUGAAACCCAGAACGGGUUCAAUACCGCUGAUUUUCUUCCCAGCAAGUGGGAAAAUCGUGUCAGAGCCAUUUGGGGUUGUUCUCAUAAUUGGAUCAUGGAACUUCCCAAUAUCUCUGGUUCUGGAUCCAUUGAUUGGGGCCAUUUCAGCUGGGAACACAGUACUUGUGAAGCCUUCAGAACUUGCACCAUUAUGCUCUUCAUUCCUCCUCAAUACCAUCCCAAACUACUUGGAUCCUACUGCCAUUAAAGUCGUUGAAGGCGGGGUUGAAACCUCUCAACACCUUCUCAACCAGAAAUGGGACAAAAUUUUCUUCACUGGGAGCAAAGCUGUGGGCCGGAUUGUACUGGCCGCAGCAGCUCAGCAUCUGACACCUGUGACUCUGGAGUUGGGUGGAAAGUGUCCUGCCAUUGUUGACCUUACUUCAAUCUCCAGCCAUUACGAUACUCGGAUUGUAGCCAAGAGAAUAGUUGGAGGGAAAUGGGGGCCAUGCAGUGGGCAAGCUUGUAUAGGAGUAGAUUAUCUGCUUGUGGAAGAAAAGCAUGCCCAAUUCCUGAUUGAUUUGCUGAAGAAAUAUAUCAGGAGAUUCUACGGCGAGCAUCCCAAGGAAUCCAACAGCAUUUGCAGAAUUGUCAACAGAAGGAACUUCGAAAGGGUACAGCGUCUGCUCAAAGAUCCUGCUGUGUCAGCAUCCAUUGUUGCCGGCGGUUUCAUUGAUGAGGAACGACAGUUUAUUGACCCAACAAUCCUGCUGAAUCCACCCUUGGAUUCUGAGCUAAUGACUGAAGAGAUCUUUGGUCCUUUGCUUCCUAUCAUCACCCUGAAUGACAUUGGGGAAAGCAUAGAGUUCAUAAACUCUGGCCCAAAGCCUCUAACAAUUUACCCAUUCACCAAGGAUGAAAAGCUGAAGAAGAUGAUUGUAUCAGAGACAUCCUCUGGAGGUGUGACAUUCAAUGACACAAUGGUCCAGUUUCUGUGCGAUUCUCUGCCGUUUGGAGGAGUUGGAGAGAGUGGGUUGGGAAGGUACCAUGGGAAGUACUCUUUUGACACUUUCAGCCAUGAGAAAGCAGUUAUGGAGAGAGGGUUUUAUCCGGAGCUGGAGCCCAGGUAUCCGCCAUGGAAUAGCUUCAAGCUCAAGUUCAUCCAGUUGGCUUACAACUUCGACUACUUUGGACUCGGGUUGCUGUUAAUGGGAUUGAAGAAGCAUUAAAGUUGUGGAAGGAAAAAAAGAAUACAUGUCGACUCUCUAGAGAAUGUGAGGAACAUUAAGUUAAUCAUGUUCCUUGCUAAAGCUUACAAAUGUACUAGAUUGGAUGCGUCUUUCAUGAUCAACGGUCUCUAUUUACUAAUUGGAUGAAUAUAAUACCACAUAGAAUAAAGGUUAUUUCAUAAUUUUCUUUUUAUAUUUUUAGACACACUUGAUAGAAUUGAAACACAAAAUAGUGUAAAUAGGAUGGAGGGAACAAAACAAACCCAACCUCAAACAAAAGCCAACCUGACAUCCUAAUUGGUUGAAUCAUGAUAAGUACAUAUAAAUUGUAAGAACAGUAGGGAUACUGCACAGUGGCUGUGGUAAGUUAUUCAUUGUACCAACUGUAUUCAAGUCUCUGGAAGACCUCAACUUUACAUAGCCCUUAACUGUAAAUUUUCAAAAAGAAAUCAGAUUGAAAGAAUAACCCCUAAAAAAAUUAAGCAAACAACCAUGUUGUUACCAUACCUGCUGUUCUAAUCUUCAUGUGCCAACUUCAAUUGAGAGGUGAAAGGCUGACCGACCUUAAGAAUUUGACAAAAAGAGUCAGUUAUAGAGAAAGCCAAGUUCAGGUUGAUACAAAGUGUGAAUAUGCUAUGCCACGAGAUGAGAGAGGUUUGGGAUUCAAGGAUCUGAGGAGUUUUUUUUUUUUUUUUGACAAUUCAUCUGUAUUCAUAAACUCAAAGUUCGGUGACUACAUUGCUUUCUUUAGAAAGUAGAGUGACCAAACAAGCAGGAGGCCUAAUUGUCCACACUUCAGUCUCUUCAGCUCUUCCUCUCAAUCGUGCCAACACAUGAGCACAUUCAUUUCCUUCCCUUUUCCAGAAUCUCCACCCAGGAUCUGAGGAGUUGGAAUACAGCCUGUUUAAUUAG